AUGGCACACUUCUCGGGAAUGCUCGCGCGCUCUAUCCAUUUUUUGAGCUCAUCUCGACCUUCAAUUCCAGAUUUCAAAUCACUUUGGUGUCGAAAGCUCGAAGCUAUGUCUUUCGUGCGGUUAGGCACCACAAAGGUCGAGAAAUCUUGGGUCAAAUAUGACUGGAUCGAGGGUGUUGAGGUGCUUGAAGAAUAUCAACCUGAGGGGUAUCACCCCAUCACGGUGGGGGACGUGUUGCAUAAUCGUUGUCAAAUUACAGACAAACUUGGUUUUGGGGGCUAUUCGACGGUUUGGAUUGCCCGAGAUACUUACCUGAAUCGAUAUGUUACUCUCAAUAUCAGCGUGGCCAACUCGAUUCAGCACGAGACAAAAGUCCUUAAAGCCCUGUCUGCUUCGACUCCGUCGACUUCAUCAGAACAUCCUGGACGUGGUUUAUUCCCGUCAAGUUUCGAUGACCUUUCCAUCAGGCAAUUCUAUGAAAGAUUCGGCGAACCCGAGACAGUCCCUAUCACACGGCGUGACGGGGAACCAUUGUCCCCCAAUGCCCCGACCAAAGCUGUUGUACCGCUAUUCAUAGGGAAAUAUGCGGAGGAGUUCUCAUCAUCCGACGCGCACCCGCUUCUAAUUGACUUUGGUGAGGCGUUUUCCCUGGCUUUGGAAACUCGUCUUGGGAAAGACUGCCAUACACCAAACGCGUUUCGGGCCCCAGAAGCCAAAUUUGAAAAGCAAAUGCCGCUGGGCACCGAUUUUGUGGAUGGGGAUCAGAUAGCGGCCCAGCAUAUCGAUGUACUAGGGCAUAUGCCAUUGGAAUGGUGGCAGCACUGGGAAGCACGAUCUCAAUUUUUCGAUGAGCAUGGAUACCCAAUUGAGUCCUAUAAGGAAAAUAAAUGGCCUACGCUUGAGGAAUCACUUGAGACUGGUAUACAGAAAUGGAGACGGAAGAUGGGAGGCGAGAUUGAGGAAGAUGAGAAAUUUGCAUUCCUGGAUUUGAUGCGCCGCAUGCUGUCAUUCCGACCAGAAGAGCGACCAACUGCUGAAGAGGUCCUAAUGUCAGAUUGGAUGGUUAAAUGGGCAUUGCCUGAUUGCGAGCAGAGAUAA